UACAGACAAAAAAAUAAACUAAUCCCUUCUCUCAACUCUCAACCCUGUUAUAGCAUCCGCCACCGCCGUAAGGAGAGACUCAGCGCUGCCACCGUCCAUUGUGCUCAGGGGCCACUGUCGCAGGAAGUGAGAAACUGCCAUCGUUCGCUGCGUUGUGGUCGUGCUCCAAGUCUCCCCCUUUUCACUCUCACGAUCUCAAAAAAUCCCCAAACAAAAAUUAAACCCUAGCUUCUUCAAAGGUUCUGCCGCCGCCGUCCGAGGUUGUCGGCGCCUCCGCGUCUCCGUCCUUCCCCGUGUCCCGAACCCAGGCCCUGUCUCCUAGCUCGGCACGUCGUCCUCAUCCUCGCUGGCUUCUCUGUUCGAGGCUUGGAGCAGCUCGCUGUCGUGUGCCCCUCGCCGCUCGCCGCUCGACGUAGUCUCGCCACUCGCCGUCCUGCUGUCCGUCGAAGAGUAAGGAAUGGGGGACAAGAAGAAGGCUCAAAUGUUUGUAAAACUAGUGUCUGCUGCUGGGACUGGAUUUUUCUAUGUGAAGAGGAAGCCAAGGCAGUUCACAGAGAAGCUCGAGUUUCGCAAGUACGAUCCAAGGGUUAACCGUCAUGUUCUCUUUACAGAGGCUAAGAUGAAGUGAUACACCACCUUUCAGUUUCAUUUUUUUUAUGUGACCAUCUUCUAGUAUAAUCAAUUGAUGUUAAAUAUGCAUCUAAUUUUUUUUGUUGUACAGAUUUGUUCAUGAGAGAUUUCCAUAUAAGUUGCUGAAAGCUGAUCCUGUUCUUAAGGGAAUUCUACUAAACCAAUAACAUUAUUGGAUGGUUAACAAAGUAGAUAUAUAAUAAGUUUUAAGCUGUGACAGAUGUUUCAAUUGAAACUACUUGACCCCUUCAGAAUUUUGAAACCUUCCUAGAAUACUUGACCCUUUCAAAUUUUUCAGCAGCUUUCCACAUUUCUGGAAGUGCUUCCUUCAUAUUAUGUAUACUUUCUAAAUUCUAAUGCAUGAUCCACUCCUGCUGUUCUACCAGAAAUACCCACCUGCAUUCAUAUUAUAUUUAGAUUUUACAUGAAAUGCAUAGAUUUGUAUGGAUUUAAAUGCAUACUAGAACACUAAAUAUAAAUAGACAUCAAACUAGAACCUAAAACAAAUUUACUUUAAUGCUAGUCAUUAUGAAAAAACCUAAAACAAGUUUACUUUAGGCUCAUCAUUGUAUUAUGAAGUGAGUAAUUACCACUAUAGUGUGAAGGCCCAAUGAUUUGUCCGUGGUUAAACCUUUUUUAGGUUUUUCAUAAUGAUUGGCAUUAAGUAAACUUGUUUUAGGUUCUAGUUUGAUAUUCAUUUAGUGUUGUAGUAUGCAUUUAAAUCCAUACAAAUCUAUGCAUUUCAUGUGAAAUCUAAAUAUAGUAUGAAAGCAGGUGGAUACUUCUGUUAGAACAGCAGGAAAAAUCUGAUGGGGUCAAGUAUUCUAGGAAGGUUUCAAAAUUCUGAAGGGGUCAAGUAUUUUAUGAAGGUAUCAAUUGAAACAUCUGUCACAGCUUAAGUUUAUUAUAUAUCUACUUUGUUAACCAUCCAAUAAUGUUAUUGUUGUUAGAAAGAAUGGGAUUAUGAUUAUAUAGCUAAGUUUCUAUUAGCAACUUGUUAUUUCCUUUUGUAAAGGCAAGGCGAAAUACUUCUGUGGCACAAAAUAUUAAGUAAUGAUAAGAAAUUGAGAAAAUAAUUGGCUAAUAAAGCAUCACAAAUAAGUCGAAAUGUAGUAGCUAUUAUGGACAAAAGAUAUUCCUCAGUUUCUAGAUGUGAUAAUUUCAGGAUUCAAGGGGUACUACUAUUAACUAAGAAUGAUCCAUAUACUGCACAAGAAGAAUCAUGAUAUGCAAUAAUGAAAUCAAUGGAAAAAUAGCCUAAUGAGGAUCAACUAUUCAAUGAAUACUACUUUCCGGUGAAAGCUUGGAAUUUUGGUGCUUCCUCCUUCUGUGAUAUGCUUAACUUGUGCCCUUAGGAAAACAUUUUUUUUUUAUAAAUGGAAGAAGAUGGUAUGUAAUUCAGUAUAACGAUUAGUUGGUAGUAAUUUUCAAAUAAC